GCUUUAAAAACAUUUAAGGCGUAAUAAAAAAAUAAAUUUUUGUGUGCUGAUGAAAUAAUUUUUUUUCUGGAAUAAAGAAAUUUUCGUUCACUUUGAUUAGACAUUUCCCUUAAAGGGAUAUUCAAUCAAUAAUUGAAUAAAUUUAAAGUGGUGGAAGAAAAAUGUCUUAUCGAUUAUUGCAUCGAGUGUUUUUCAAACACGCAAAAGCAAUUUUCUGGAAUAAUAAUCGAAAAAUUCAUAAUAUUAGACCCCAGAAGUUAAAUCCUCAACCAAACAUUCAGACGGCAAAACUGGCAAAUGAAGUUAAAAGUAGCAACAACUUGAUACGAUUUUCAAGACGUUUGUUUAUUGACAACGUUCUCAACCGGGUCACUAGUCCUGUGUCAUCUGCUUUGAGAGCUGAAGCUACAAAAAAGUUCGCAUUUGGUGAUUCGUUGCCUUUCUUCUCUCUCGUUGGAUGUAGUUUAGCGUCAGGUGCUGGUGUACUUACAAAGGAAGAUGAACUAGAAGGAAUUUGUUGGGAGAUUAGAGAAGCAGUAUCAAAAUAUCAAAGCAGAUUGGAAGAGAAAAUUCUUGAUACAAAAGUUGGAGAUGAUUUGAAGCUCGACGACCUUGAAAUUGGACCACCAAUAGCUAAAGGUUGUAAUGCUGUAGUCUAUGCUGCUGCUUUUAAAAGUCAAUCUUCCGAAACUUCAUCCUCACCUUCUUUGUCAUUAUUGGAAAAUACUGAAAAUGUCAAUGUGGAUUUUAAUUUCCUUUCAUCAGUAUCAAAUUUACCUCGAUUUGCACAAAACUUUGGCGGAAGUGUAGACAAUUUACUAAAGUUUACUGAGUCACCUGCUAGAGCUUCUGUUGAUAUUUUGCGAAAUAUAACAAACGAAAAUGUGGAACAAAGUCAGGCAAAUAAUGAAGAAAUAGUUAAAAGUCCUAUUCGGAGAGUGACUUUUAAUGAAAAUAUUGAAAUGAGAAGACAAAGUCGCACAUCGAGCAUUGCAUCAAGUGAAAAUGAUGAAGAGACGGCUCAUGAAAGAGGAGCAGAUGAUGCAAGUAUCUAUCACUAUCCAUGGGCAUUGAAAAUGAUGUUUAAUUAUGACAUUCAAAGCAAUGCAAUGGCAAUUUUGAAAGCAAUGUAUAAAGAAGCAAUUCCAGCUCGAUGUAGACUUGACAAUGUUGAAGCACAGAACUGGGAGCGCAUAAUAAUGGAACAAACAAUUUCUCUUCCUUCUCACCCCAACAUUGUUUUCAUGCCGGGAUUUUUCUGCGAUCAAAUUCCAAAUUUGCGACAUUCUCGUGUCUUGUUUCCAAGUGCACUUCCAUCUCGUUUGAAUCCAAAUGGAUAUGGACGCAACAUGAGCUUAUUUCUUCUUAUGAAACGUUAUGAUAAUAGCUUAAGAGAUUUCCUUGACAAUUAUAUUGAUACGAGAAGUCGAAUCAUUCUAUUUACACAACUUCUUGAAGCUGUCGCUCAUUUGAAUCGUUCUGGAAUUGCACAUCGUGACUUAAAGUCAGACAACAUUCUUAUCGACUCAUCAUCUGAUGCUCUUCCACUUCUUGUACUCUCAGAUUUUGGAUGUUGUCUUGCUGAUAAAAAGAACCGAUUGAGACUUCCAUACUCAUCGAACGAAAUCGAUAAAGGAGGAAAUCAAGCUUUGAUGGCACCAGAAAUCAUUGGCAAAGAGCCAAGCAUAUUUGCUGUUCUUAAUUAUACGAAGAGUGACCUUUGGGCUUGUGGAACAAUUGCUUAUGAAAUUUUCGGUUAUCCGAAUCCAUUUUACACUCCACCAACUUCGGAAGCAUCUGCUUGGUUGCCUCCGCCACUUAUCAAUGAAACAUACGACGAAACUAUGCUUCCAAGUCUUGGUGAAGAAGUUCCAUUCGUUAUUCGAAAGCUGAUUGAAAAUAUUCUUCAAAGAAAUCCAAACAGGAGAUUAAAUUGUGAUAUUGCAGCAAAUGUGUUGCAACUUUAUUUGUGGGCACCAUCAGGUUGGAUAAAGUUUGGAAGAAAUCCAACUAACAAUGAGAUUCUUCAAUGGCUUUUAAGCCUAACAACAAAAGUUUUAUGUGAAGGUGGGCUCGGUGUUAAAAACUUAGAAUAUGUGAAGUUAAAUCGCCGAACAUACACAGAAUAUAUUUUAAUUUCAACAUUUUUGUCACGAGCAACAUUAAGGAUAAACAUAAUGGCCAACGAACGAGUUACACUUGCCGAUGCAUUAUCAAAUGUUGAAAUUCUCGAUGAACGUCCACUUCCUGACGAACAGCCUCUAAUCGAAGCUUCAACUUGCUCCAUCUCUUAUCAAGCUAAUUUCGAUACUAAUUUUGAAGAUCGGAAUGGAUUUGUUACGGGAAUAGCAAAGUAUAUCGAAGAAGCAACUACUCAUGCAAAUCUUAACAUUCUACUUGAUGAAGGCCAAAAACAUGCUGUAAUGUUAUAUACAUGGCGUUGUUGUUCUCGAGCUAUCCCUCAGCCAAAAUCAAAUGAGCAACCGAAUCGUGUUGAAAUUUAUGAGAAAACUGUCGAAGUUCUAGCACCGGAAGUGAACAAGUUACUGAAUUUCAUGUAUUUCCAAAAAAAAGCAAUCGAAGCUUUCUCCCUUGAAGUCAAGCGAUUGUGUCAUGCCGAGAAGCGCAAAGAUUUUGUUUCCGAAGCUUAUCUCCUAACGCUUGGUAAAUUUAUAAAUAUGUUUGCUGUUCUCGAUGAGUUAAAGAACAUGAAAUCGAGUGUGAAAAAUGAUUAUUCAACAUAUCGACGUGCAGCACAAUUUCUUAAAGUUAUGUCGGAUUCUCAUACCCUUCAAGAGUCACAAAAUCUUUCAAUGUUUCUCGCUACACAAAACAAGAUUCGUGACACUGUGAAGGAUACACUCGAAAAGAUUCCUGGCUUUGAGGAUUUAAUUUGUGAGGUUGUCAAUAUUUGUGUUCAUAUGUUCGAACAGAAAAUGUUUUUAACACCAGAAGAGAAGCACAUGUUAGUGAAAGUUAUGGGCUUUGGACUCUUCUUAAUGGACUCGGAAAUGUGCAACAUCAACAAACUCGAUCAGAAGAAGAAACUUCGUUUAGAUCGAAUUGAUAGAAUCUUCAAGAAUCUUGAGGUUGUUCCAUUGUUUGGCGACAUGCAAAUCAAUCCCUUUAAUUAUGUCCGAAAGAGUAAACAUUUCGAUGCCAGUAAAUGGCCUCUCAGCACAUCACAAGCCAUCAGUCCACAAGCUGAUUUGAUGGUUCAUUUGCCAAACAUUCGAGAAGAACAUGUGAAAUACAUUUCAGAAUUGUCACGAUACAGUAAUGAAGUGACGACUACCUACACUUAUAAGGAGAACCAUUCAGAUGCUGAAAAUCGCGCUGUCUCUGACCUUGCAUUGCGUGGUUUGCAACUUCUCUCGGAAUGGACGAGCGUUGUCACUGAAUUAUAUUCAUGGAAACUUUUGCAUCCAACUGAUCAUCAUCAGAAUAAAGAAUGUCCGCCAGAAGCUGAAGAAUAUGAGCGAGCGACGAGAUAUAAUUACACAGCCGAUGAGAAAUAUGCAUUAAUUGAAGUGAUUGCAAUGAUUAAAGGACUUCAAGUUCUUAUGUCACGUAUCGAGACGGUCUUAUGCGAUUCAAUUCGUCGAAAUAUUUAUUCAGAACUUCAGGAUUUCGUUCAAGUCACACUUCGUGAACCAUUAAGAAAAGCAGUGAAGAAUAAGAAAGAUUUAAUAAGAUCAAUCAUCAUGUCAGUUCGUGAGACAUCAGCUGAUUGGCAGAAGGGUUGUGAACCACCCGAUGACCCAGUGAAUAAAGGAAAGAAAGAUCCCGACAGUGGAUUUGCAAUUCAAGUUCCGCGAUUAAAUGUCGGGCCAAGUUCAACGCAACUUUACAUGGUUCGAACAAUGUUGGAGUCGUUAAUUGCUGAUAAAUCUGGUGGGAAGCGAACAUUAAGGAAGGAUAUCGACGGACCAUGUCUCGUGCAAAUCGAUCAGUUCCAUAAGAAUUCAUUUUAUUGGAAUUAUUUGUUGAGCUUUGGCGAGACAUUACAGAAAUGUUGCGACUUGUCACAGUUGUGGUAUCGUGAGUUUUAUCUUGAAAUGACAAUGGGAAGACGUGUCAAGAAGUGCUUGGUUCGUCAUCAACAUAAUGAAGAGUGCAAUGACUUGAUAACAAUGGAGAAGCGAAUUCAAUUUCCUAUUGAAAUGUCAAUGCCAUGGAUUCUCACUGAUCAUAUUUUGAGAACGAAAGAACCAUCAAUGAUGGAAUAUGUUUUAUAUCCGCUUGAUCUUUACAAUGAUUCAGCUCUUUAUGCUUUGACAAUCUUCAGGAAACAAUUUUUAUACGAUGAAGUAGAGGCUGAAGUCAAUUUAUGUUUCGAUCAAUUCAUUUUCAAGCUCUCGGAACAAGUUUUUGCACAUUACAAGCAAUUAGCAGGCAGCAUUUUUCUUGAUAAAAGAUUUAGAGUUGAAUGCGAAGUUCUGGGUUUUAACUUUCAAUCUUAUCCGAAGAAUAAUCGUUAUGCGACGUUAUUAAAACAACGACAUGUUCAAUUACUUGGACGUUCAAUUGAUCUUAAUAAACUCAUUUCGCAGCGCAUUAAUGCUGACAUGCAGAAGAGUUUGGAGUUGGCAAUUUGUCGUUUUGAAGCGAGUGACAUUACUGGUGUUGUUGAACUUGAAGCUCUCCUUCAAGUUAAUCGAUUGUGUCACAAGUUGUUGAUGAAUGAAGGCCUGGCACUUGACGAUUUCGAGUGCAUGAUGAAGGAAGCCAAUCAUAACGUUCUUGCACCUUAUGGUCGCAUCACUCUUCAUGUUUUCGAUGAAUUAAAUUAUGAUUUCUUAUCAAAUUAUUGUUACAAUGCAGCAACUAACCGAUUUGUAAGAAAUAAACUUCAAAUAUCAGGACAGCCAAUUCAACGAGAGAAACCACCGCAAAUGUUUCAUUACUAUUUGUGGGGAUCGAAGCAAUUGAAUGCUGCUUAUUCGACGCAAUAUGGACAAUACACUGGAUUCGUUGGCACGCCACAUUUUCAUUCGAUUUGUCGUUUGUUGGGAUAUCAAGGAAUUGCUGUUGUUAUGGACAUCAUCAUGAAGGAUAUUGUGAAGCCUUUGAUUCAAGGAAAUCUUCUUCAAUUCACAAAGACAUUAAUGGGCGCCAUGCCGAAAACAUGUAAACUCCCACGAUGUGACUAUGGCUCACCUGGCGUUCUUGAAUAUUAUCAAGCACAUCUCAUCGAUAUCGUUCAAUAUCCUGACGCUAAAACUGAACUUUUCCAAAUAUUUCGUGAAGUUGGCAAUUCAAUUCUCUUCUGUAUGUUGAUGGAGCAAGCGCUUUCACAAGAAGAAGUUUGUGAUUUAUUACAUGCAGCGCCGUUUCAAAACAUCUUACCUCGUCCACAUUGUAAGGAAGGCGAAAAGCCAGAAGCUAAACAAAAACGUUUAGAACAAAAGUUUGCAUCACUUCAAAUCGUUCCAAACAUUGAGAAACUUGGAACAGCAAAACAAGCGCUGAUUGCUAGGGAAGGCGAUUUAUUGACACGAGAAAGAUUGUGUUGCGGUUUGAGUAUCUUUGAAGUUAUUUUGCAGAAAAUUAAAUCAUAUUUGGAUGAUCCAGUAUGGGCUGGACCACCACCAGCUAAUGGUGUCAUGCAUAUUGAUGAAUGUUCAGAAUUUCAUCGUUUAUGGUCAGCUCUUCAAUUUGUUUAUUGUAUUCCAGUUGCUGGUACCGAAUAUACUGUCGAAGAAUUAUUCGGUGAAGGACUUCAUUGGGCUGGUUGCGUUAUUAUCAUUCUUCUGAAUCAACAAAGACGCUUCGAAGCUUUGGACUUUUGUUAUCACAUUUUGAGAGUGCAACGUGUUGAUGGUAAAGAUGGAACAGUCAAAGGCAUUAACUUGAAACGAAUGGUCGAUCGCAUUAGACGAUUCCAAGUUCUCAAUUCGCAGAUUUUCGCAAUAUUAAAUAAAUACAUGAAGAGUAGUGAAGGCGACUCUAACGUUGAACAUGUUCGAUGCUUCCCACCACCGGUUAGCCAACAUCAAAAAAUUUAUGACAGAAGUAGCAGUCAAAAGAUUUACGAUUAAAAUUAGAUUAAAAGAUCGUCGAAAUAUUUUGUUAAGCUCAACAAUAAUAAGUAAAGUAUUCACAUUAAAAGAUAUCCAAACAUAAAUAUUUAGAUAUGUAUAAGUAUUUUAUGUCUCCAAAUUUAAAGCAUAUUUCAUUGUUCGAUGAAUGGACAGUAGUUUUAAUCACCUAUCACGUUGUGAAAUUCUUCAUCUAUUAAAUAGUUAUACGCCAAUUUAUGACAUUUUUGAUUUCAGCAUUCAAAAACAGUAACUCUGUGGCAUUUUUCUAGAACAUUAAAUUAAUCAAUAAAAGUAUUUCUUAGAAUAUAAAUCAAUAUUUGUUUAUCUUUCUAUUAGAUCUUGUAGUUUUGAUUUCUGUAAAAUAAUAUCUCGC